AUGGUUCCCACGUGGUUAAAGAAUCUCGUCCUUUCUGGAGCCCUGCUACAGACUGCCUUUACUCUCGAUCUCCCCAAGUACCGCGGCUUGAAGACAGCUCAGAAUGGCAGCGUUCUCGAGGUCACUUUUCACAACCCAGACUCGGCUAUAAACCUCUGGGGUGUCGACUUCCAGGAUGGCAUGACUGAUCUCGUUCGAAGACUUCACAAUGAUAACGACACCAAGGUCGUCAUCUUCAAGAGCGAUGUUCCCAAGUUCUUCUGUGCCCACUUGGACCUUCUGAUGCCUGGCGUUGCAACCGUUGGGCCAAAGUUUGCCAGGCUCAUGUAUGAAAUCUCCGAUCUGCCCCAGGUGACCAUCGGCGCUGUCGAAGGUCGCGCUCGCGGCGGGGGUAACGAGUUUCUGUUGGCCCUGGACAUGCGUUUCGCCUCUGAACCUGAGUCAUUCUUUGGUCAAAUCGAGGUCGGUACCGGUCUCAUCCCCGGCGGUGGGGGUAGCCAGCACCUCCCUCGACUUAUUGGCCGCGGUCUCGCGCUCGAGUAUCUCCUCAGCGGAAACGAUAUCAACGCCAAGGAUGCAGAGCGAAUCGGUUGGAUCAAUAAGGCCUUUUGUUCUUCUGAGGAGAUGUACGAGUAUAUUGACGGUCUUACCUCGCGCUUGCGUCUCUAUCCCCUGCCGGCCAUGGCUGCCAUCAAGAAGGCGAUCAACGCUCGGUCGCGUCCUACUUUGCAGGAUCUGCUGCGAGACGCUGCGUCUUUUACCGCUCGUUUGACUGACCCGGCUGUGCCAGUUUUGAUCGGUAGGGCCUUGGCUGUCACCAACAAUCUCACUCUUGGCGAUGCUGAGCUCAACCUUGGCCGAGAUCUCCCCCUUGUGUAUGAGUAG